UAAAAUUACAUUUAGUGAGAAAGACAGGGAUCAUGGAUAUUGGUGCAACUACAGAAUUACUUUUGGUUUUGAAAGCGUGCCUCUUUUUUGUUAUAGCGAAUGCUGUUCUUGGAGCUGGCAACUCAGAACACGCUGCUCCAGGGAACAUUAAUAUUCGUCAUGGUGGAAGAAAACUUGCUGAAAUUCCAGGUUUCAUCAGCAUUGCGUGUGGUAGAAAUGAAGAUAAUGACAUUGACCCGACAGGUAUUCCUUACACGUUAGAUAAAGGAUUUAUAGAUAUUGAAAUAGUUGAAACGGUGUCUGAAAAUUAUGAUAAUCCGCUGAAAAAUACAUUGAGAAGGUUUCCUCAAGGAAAAAGGAAUUGUUACACCCUGCGACCUAAUGAAGGCAAAAACAACAAGUACUUGAUCAGAGCCAAAUUCACGUAUGGAAAUUAUGAUGGCAAAGACAAGGGCCCAGUAUUUGACCUAUAUCUUGGGCUUAAUAAGCGGAGAACAGUAGACCAGACGAAUGGAAUCUAUUAUGAGAUAAUUCACGUAGCUUCGAGGGAUUACAUAGACUUUUGCCUUGUGAACACUGGCCAAGGCGUACCCUUCAUUUCAACGUUGGAGCUACGGCAUUUGGACUCUUCCAUGUAUCGCAUCGCGAGCGGGGCACUGUCAAUGUUUUGGCGAAGUGAUGUUGGCAGAACAGGCAGUGUGAUCAGCUAUCUGGGGGAAAAAAUGAUGCCAUUUAGGUAUCCAGACGAUGCGUAUGAUCGGUACUGGUACCCUUUAGUAGAAGAUGAUUGGAUUGAAAUUGCCUCCAGCUCAACCAUUUACGCGGUGUCCAGCAGUGAUGAAGCUUAUGGAUUGCCAGCUGAAGUGAUGAAGACUGCUGCCAAAACACAGAACGCGAGCAUUCCCUUAAAAGCUUACUUCAUGGGGCUAGAUCCUCUUUCAAAAUUUUAUUGUUACUUUCAUUUCGCUGAGGUUGAGAAACUUGAACCUGGCCAACAGCGAGAAUUGACAAUUUCUUCGGAUGGUCAAGGCUAUUUGACAGAAUCUGUUAAACUUGAUUAUCUAAAUCCACAUACAAUGGUCCUAGAUAAUCUGCCAAUUACAAGAGCGUCGACGUUAUACUUCUCAAUAAGUGCGGCUCAGGGAACUCAUCUUCCUCCAAUCCUCAACGCCUUUGAGAUUUACGAGUGGGUAGAGCUACCAAAUGAACCAACUGCCACAGAGGACGUUCAAGCUAUCAUGGAAAUCAAGACACGCUACAACGUGACUAGAAACUGGCAAGGCGAUCCAUGUGUUCCAAGUGAAUACUCGUGGGAUGGUUUAAACUGCAUUAACGACAAUCCUCCAAGGAUCAUCUCAUUGAACUUGAGCUCAAGCAAAUUGACAGAGGCUAUCACUACUUCAUUCUCCAAGCUCGAACAACUACAAUCCUUAGAUUUGUCAUUUAACAACUUGACUGGGCCACUGCCACCAGUUUUGGAACAGCUACCUAAUUUAAACACUCUGUAUUUAAAGGGGAACAAGUUCACAGGUUCAAUUCCUGAGGCUCUUCUGGAACAGUUUAGGAAUGGAAAAUUAGACUUACAUCUUUGUCUAUACACUCCAUGUAAGGAAAAGAAGAAAAAGGAGUUUGUCAUUCCAGUUCUUGCAUCAUCUAUAACAGCAAUCUCCAUCCUUCUCUUCAUCGUUAGUGUUCUUGCUAUAUAUAGAAGGAAAAGAGGAUCAGACAGGGUCAUCAAAUCCCCCAUCAAAUCAAAGAAUCGACAGUACAGCUACUCUGAGGUUGUCAAGAUAACCAAUAACUUCAAAAACAUCAUUGGAAAAGGAGGAUUUGGAAACGUGUACCUUGGCAAAUUGAAAGAUGAAACUCAAGUUGCUGUUAAGUUUCUCUCUCCUUCAUCAAACCAAGGGUACAAGGAAUUUAGAGCGGAGGCACAGCUCUUAAUGGUAGUUCAUCAUAGAAACUUGGUUACUCUUGUUGGAUACUGUGAUGACAGUGAAAACAAGGCUCUCAUAUACGAGUACAUGGCCAACGGGAAUUUGCAGCAGCAUUUGUCAGUGACAAACCCAAAUGUCUUAACAUGGAAUGAGCGACUUUGUAUUGCAGUGGACACAGCACACGGGUUGGAGUAUCUACAUAAUGGUUGCAAGCCACCUAUCAUCCACAGAGAUUUAAAACCGUCCAACAUCCUACUAAACGAAUACAUGCAAGCCAAGAUAGCUGAUUUUGGGCUUUCUAGAGCCUUUGCCAAUGAAAGUGAUUCUCAUGUGUCAACUUCCCUAGCUGGCACUUUGGGAUACGUUGAUACAGAGUAA